UCUUUGCCUCACUCGACAUUCCGUUGCUUUCUUCAACCUUGAGAAAACCAAGAAAAAAGUAUAUCCUCAGCCAUGAAUCCAACACUAGCCACAUUUUCAUCACCGUGCACCGCCGUUCUCCCCCUGAAAUCACUCCCUUCGUCUUCUUCGUCGGCCCCGUUGCUCGCUUUUCCUUCACCCAAGCCCCUCAGGCUCAGGGCUUGUUGUUCUGCAAAGCCUGAUUCCGUCGCUCAGAAGCUUCAAUCGUUCGCCAAGACGGCUGUUUUGGUCGGUGCGACGGCUUUGAUGAUUGGGAAAUUCUCAGACUUCCCUGCCCGAGCCGACCCUGUACCAGUAACGGUGGUCGAAAGCGAACCUGCUUUGCCGGUAGAAAAGGAAGCGGAGGAUCCGAAACCAAAGCAAACUUCAUCGCUUUCUGCGUUUCUUGAAUCGGGUGCGGAAGCCGUCGAGGCAAUGAAGGCGUUCAUACGCAUGAAGCUCGAAAACCAAGAAGAAGAAGCGGCGGUUAUCACCCUGAAGCGCUUGGUUUCUGCCCAACCGGAUGUUGCUGAUUGGAAAUUGUUGUUGGGAAGGUUGUUGGGCGACAUGGGUCAAACCGAGAAAGCGCGCAGACUGUUCGAUGAAAUCCUUCAGUCGGAUCCGUUCGCUUACGAGACCUUGUACGAGUACGCUUUGUUGAUGGAUCGUUGCGGGGAAGGAGAAGCUGUCCUCAAAAGGUUAGAAGGGGUCGUAGCCCUUGCCGAAAGAGAGAAGAAAGCCAAAGAAGCCAGAGAUGUUCGAUUCAUAAUUUCCCAGUUACACUUCCUCCAAAACGACUUGGACAAAGCUUUUAUGAGUUACCAGCAACUGGCCAAAGAAGAUCCGACUGAUUUUAAGCCGUAUUUUUGUCAAGGGUUGAUAUAUAGGGUGCUUAACAUGAACGAUGAAGCUCAAAAACAGUUCUCCAAAUGCGGCAAUCUUUCACUGAGCACCCAUCAGCCGGAAGGGCACUUGAGGCCACGUUUAUGAAAAAUGAAACUGUUCGACACCAAUGAGGGGAAUCGAGUUUUGGGGGAGUUUAGGGAAAUUUUCUGGCAUUCUUGUGGUAUAGUGUGUUCCUUUAGGCCUUUAAGCCUUGCUGAACAAG